AUGAUGACUGUGGGGCUGUUUGAAAAUGAGGCUGGGGCUUCCGAAGUGGCCCCGUAUCUGACUCGGCCGGGCCUUCAGGUGUCUCCGGAAACGGCGAGGGAAACAACAAGCAAAACCGCUGAAAAGGGGGAAAGCGGGCUGGAGUUUGUAUCACGGGCGGUCUUUGGAAGUGCUUCCACGAUUGCAGCCAGCGAAGGGGCUUCGAAAGGCGAGAUCGGGGUCGAGCAAGAAGGCGGAGCGCGGGGCGGGGAAACUGAAGGGCUGUCGGACUGCUAUGACCCUCUGGCGCCUUACCUGAGACAUGUCUGCAAACAGUUGCCCAGCGAAAGCACUGCGGACUGGCAGAGUGGCAGUCCGGAGGCCAAGCCAUCGAGCAUCGAGCCGGCGCAGGAAAAGCCGGAUUGCUGCCUAGAAAGUGCGUCCAUUUCGAAAUUGCGCCACGAUCUCGAAGCCGCCAAAGCGCAGCUUGAAAGGGAGCAAGAGCAAGCCCAGCGCAGCUUGGACGAAAAGACACGCGAGCUGCGAGAACAGAUUGCGGCAGAGAGAGCAGCCAUUGAGAAAGACAAGGAGCGCCUGCGGGAGAGGUGGGAAGAACUAGAGCAAAAGGAGCGAAACGGCGGCGGGGUCGGGGAGUGCAUCAGUUGCAUGGACGAUUGGAGCGAGACCACGGUCCGCCAUCACUUUGCCUGCGGCCACGCACUCCUGUGCCGCAAGUGCUCCGUAAAGUGGUUGAGUGGUCAGGCCAAGCCGCCGUACAAGUGUUCCGUGGGUUGCAACCUCAAGAAAAGCAAAGCCGUCAAACCCGUCUACCUUGGUUGAUAAGUGUUUGCACCUGGUACGUUCGUUUAUGAGCUGUGAGUCUUUUCAUCUUCAAAGGUGCAUUACCACGACAGCUUUGUUUAAGAAAAAGCCUGCCAAAUUACCUAGAUGGUAAAAGGGGCGUAGUUGAUUGCAGACAGGUAUUCUGGGCAGGCCACAGCGGUGGACAGCUCUUUCGUGGAUCCUGAAAUGGCUCUGCCAUCAGAGUACAGUACUUUUCAGAAACAGUAGGGCUGUGCUUCCUAGCUUUCAUCAGGUUGGAUUCCAUAGUGAAUCAAAUAGAAGCAUAUAGGAGAAGACAGCAGGCCGUUUGAGAUUGACGGAAAACACGAAGCUUCCAGAGUUGGCCAU